AAUUUAUCUAAAUAAUUUCAGAUUUAUGAAGUCAUAUUUAAAAUGAUUUAUAUUCUCUUGUUGUUCUGUAUACCUUGUAUACUGGGACCACCUGUUGAUAAAACAGCCAAAGGCCCACAGCAGAAUGAGACCCUGGAGGACUGGAACCUUGGUCUAGAGUACAACAAGUAUCUCCGGGAGGUUGUUCAGAUACUAGAAGCAGAUCCAGACUUUAGAAAGAAACUAGAAACUGCUAAGGUUGAUGAAAUCCGUGAUGGAACAAUAGCCAAGGAGCUUGAGUUUCUCAGCCACGGGAUCCGAACCAAGCUGGACGAGGUAAAGAGGCAGGAGAUGGAGAGGUUGAGACACCUGGCGCAGAGACAGAUAGAGUUGAACCAGGGCCUCGAUAGGAAGCAUAUCAAGAUCCCGCAACAUAUUGAGGUUAAACACAACUCCUUCGAGGUUGCGGAUCUCCAGAAGCUGAUCAAACAGACCACGAAUGAUUUAGAGGAGGCAGAUAAGCAGAGAAGGGAAGAAUUUAAGAAAUAUGAGAUGGAGAAGAAGUUUGAGAAGGAAAUGAGAUUAAAUGCAAUAAAUGAUACUCAGGAGAGGAAGGUUGUGCAGGAGGAGAUGGAGAAGAUGGAAGCUAAACACAGGGUGCACGACAAGAUAAACCAUCCUAUGACCAAGGAUCAGCUAGAGGAGGUCUGGGAGGAACAAGAUCAUAUGGAUCCUAAGGACUGGGAUCCCAAAACCUUCUUCGCUAUGCAUGAUCUGGAUGGGAACGGUGAGUGGGAUGAGAACGAGGUUCGAAUACUCUUCAGGAAGGAGCUGGAUAAAGCCUACGAUCCCAACAACCCCGAGGACGACAUGAAAGAGAGGGAGGAGGAGAUGGAGAGGAUGAGAGAACAUGUUUUCAAAGAGUCUGACAAGGAUAAGAACAGGAUGAUUUCCUACCAAGAGUUUCUAGCAGAGACGGAGAGGGACGAAUUUGAGAAGGAUCCUGGCUGGGAUACAGUAGAUGAUGCUGAACUCUAUACUGAUGAAGAGUUCCAGAGAUUUGAAUCAGAACGGGAAGAGCAGAUAAAGAGAAUGAUUGAAUCUGGACAAAUGCCCCCUAACUAUGCUUAUCCAAAUAUCCCCGGUAUGCCCCCUCCUGGAUACAAUCCUGGGUUUGGAUACCCACCUUUGCCCGGCGGUCCUAUGCCCGGGGUUGAUCGGAACGGAAUCCCGAUGCAUGGUAGUGUUCCUGGCCAGCCUGCGCAUCCACAGUUUGUUCCUGGACAACCUCCUCCACAACAACAGUAUCUGCAACAACAGUUCCAGGGACAACAACAGUUCCAAGGACAACAACAGUAUCCGCCACAACAGCUAUAUCAAGGACAACAACAAUAUCCACCACAACAACAGUUUGGAGGACAACAGCAACAGUUCGCUGGACAACAACAAGGCCAACCACAGCAGUUUGCACAGCCUUCUCAGGUACAAUUCCAGCCAGGACAACAACAACAAUUUGUAGCACAACCUCAACCAGGAGCAGGACAAGCAGGGCAACCUCAACCUGGACUAGGGCAACAACAAUUUGCAGGACAACCCCAGCCAGGACAAGGACAACCCCAGCCAGGACAAGGACAACCCCAGCCAGGACAAGGACAACCUCAGCCGGGACAACCCCUGUCCGGACAAGGACAACCUCAGCCAGGACAAGCACAACCACAGCCAGGACAAGGACAAGCUGUUCCCGUUGCUGGACAACAAACUCCGUGAAUAAUAACUUAAUUAAAUAUUUUCGUCACAAUUAUUGAAAUUUUUCCGUUGAAUCCCAACUGUUCUCUGUGAUAUUUUUCCCACAUUGUGUUUCAAUUUUUCGUCCUCUUGAUUGUUUCCCUAACAAAUUACAAUCCUUUUUUCCCCUGAUAUUAUACUUGAUCGUUUUAAUAUUUUCCUUGAUAUUUUUUUAUAUUCAGAUAUUUUUCUUGAUAUUUUUAUAGAUAUUUUGCCUUUUCUUUUUAUUUUCCUUAUACUCAAUGCUUCCUGAAAUUUUCCAUUUGAUAAUUCUUAUUGAGUUAACGACUUAGGAUUCAAACGUAAGCUGAAUGUGCCAAAUACAUUUUUACACAAAGAUAUCCCAACAAGAUCUGAUUCAUCUCUCCAAUUAUUGUUUACCAAGUUGACGAUCAGUUAAACAUAUGAAUAUAUCCCUGUAGUGUGUGACCAUGUAUACACCUGUUAAAACAGCUGCAGUUAAAUUUUACGUAUUAUUUUCAGUCAGGUUUAAAUUGGCUCGAAAUAUAUUGCCCUUGAAGUACCGACAGUAUUGGUUUACAUUCAUAAACAGCAUUUUAAUUGAGUUUUCCAAUCCUAGGAGUCCAGACAUAUACCACUUAGAAUAUUAUUGGUUUACUACUUGACUAUGUUUACGCCAAUUUACAAUUUACAGUGAGUUUAGAUCCUUUCAAUUACAGAAA